UGAAAGAAAAAGAGUGUGUGGGGGAUUUUUGGUGGAGAGAAAGUCUCUGUUUUGUCUCCUCUAUAUUUUCUCCUCCCUUCAAUUCCUCCAAAUUUCACUUCUUCUUCUUCUUCUUCACACUUCCCCCGAAACCCUCGUAAACCCCAAAAUGGCGACUCAAUUCCCGGACGAUUUCAAGUGCCCGAUUUCGCUGGAAAUAAUGUCCGACCCGGUUAUACUUCCUUCGGGUCACACCUUCGACCGGCCCAACAUCCAACGCUGGCUCGACGCCGGCCACCGUACUUGCCCACUUACCAAACUACCCCUCCCCGAACACCCCUCCCUCAUCCCCAACCAUGCCCUCCGCAGCUUGAUUUCCAAUUAUACCCUUCCCUCCCCUACACAAUUACACAACACCCACCUCCCCAACCAGAGCCAGAGCCAGCCCAACCAGCAACCCCAAACCCUAAUCGCCACCCUGACUUCGGCGGCGUCGAGCCUGGACUCGAAGCUCGAGUCGCUCGACCAGCUCAACCGCCUGUCGAAGCGGGACGCGGCGUUUCGCGCCAAGCUGACGGAGUCCGGCGCCGUCGCCGCCGUGCUGAAGUGCGUGGACUCCGACGAGCCGAGCCUGCAGGAGAAGGCUCUGACUCUGCUGCUGAAUGUGAGCUUGGACGAUGACAACAAGGUGGGUCUGGUGGCGGAAGGAGCGAUUGCUAGAGUCGUGGCGGUGCUGCAAGGCGGCUCGCCGAACAGCCGGGCCGUCGCGGCGACGAUGUUGACCAGCUUGGCCGUCGUGGAGGUCAACAAGGCCACAAUCGGGUCGUACCCGUAUGCAAUUCGGGCUCUUGUUUCGCUUCUCAGGGACGGCAAGGGCCGGGAGAAGAAAGAGGCGGCGACGGCGCUUUAUGCUAUCUGUUCGUUUCCGGACAAUCGGCGGCGGGCGGUGGAGUGCGGUGCGGUUUCGAUUUUGAUCCGAAUUGCGGAUUCGGGUUUGGAGCGGGCCGUUGAGGUUUUGGGCCUGUUGGCGAAAAGCAAGGAUGGGAGAGAAGAGAUGCAGAGGUUUAGUGGGUGUGUGAGGAUUUUAGUGAGGGUUUUAGAGAAUGGGAGCUCCAGGGGAGUUCAGUAUGCUCUGCUUACAUUGAGUUCGCUCUGCCAUUUCAGUGAGAAAAUGUGUGCGGAAGCAAGAAAAGAAGGCGUCCUGGCGAUUUGCAUGCGUUUGGUUGAAGAUGAUAACGAAAAGAUUAGAAAAAAUGCUUCUUAUUUGAUUCAGGUUCUGGAUGGGAACCAUUCCAUGAUUUGAGUUACGAAUGAGAAGUGCAGAAAGUGAUGGGCUUUGCGGGUUAGAGGUGUUUUCAUCGGUGGAGGUCAGUCCGAAUUUUGAUUUAUUGGUUCUUACUUUUGCUGGGAUAGUUCUUGUACAAAAAAUGAUUUAGAUUUUUUUUUUUUUUUUGGUUGGGAUAUUGUUUCUUUGUAUCUUGUACAUUCUAAAUAAAGAGUACACAAAUGAGCUAAAUGUUUGUAUUAUGAAAGUUUCAAAAUCAGUCAUCUGAACUGUAAUGUGUCUCAGCUUAUAGAAUUUUGCAGAAAUGAAACCUCUGCCUUAUCUUAGAUGCUUCAAUGCCA